AUGUUAAAUACAAGUUCUGAAGGCAGCCCAAGCCGCCUGUUCGUGAUGGGCGGGCUCCUGCCCAAGACGCAAGACAGUGACCUCAGAGGCCCCCAACAAGGUCCUCAGAAUGAAGCGGUUAAUACCAGUCUUUUAAGAUUCUCCCCCAUCUCUUCUCCUCUCUUCUCCUGUUCAUCUUCCUUCAUACACAUCUGCAUCUCCUCAGUUCUCACAAAUCCUUCAAUUUGCUGCCUCAAAUCACUCAUUCAAUCUCAAAAGCUUACAAACCACCACCAGCACUACAUUCCCGAACCAAACUCUCCAUUCAAAAACAUGAUCUCUGUCAAGUUGGCGGCCAUUGGUGCCCUUCUGGCAACUGCCCAAGCCCAGAUUCGUCACCCCAAUGAGGACCUCAUUCUUGCCGAUUGUGGCAUUGGCAACAACAAAGCCCACCCUGGAUGGUCUACUUCUCGCCAGGUGAACUGGUACCAGGACAUUCAGUGGCCUGACGACGUCUCUAAGUUUCCUCCUCCACCCGACCUGGAGGUGGAAGUUCCGUACGCAGAUGGAACUUACCCCUGGAAUCCCAAGGGAACCACUGUCAAACUGUCUAACGGUGUCGUCUGGACAGCCUACAUCAACCCCAGGAUUGCUGACGGUCAACCAGCCGGGUCUGCCGUCACCACCAAGGAGGGUGGUCAAGAACUCACCUGCUAUGCCUACCGUGGUCGCCCUGUCAGUGCAGCCAUCAACACGACUGUCAACGCUGAUGCAGUCUGCUUGACCGCCUUUGUCUGCAACCGUGAUAACAGCGCCCCCCCUCGUCCCAGCGGCAUGGAAAAUCCAACUUCUACCCUGGAAACAUCUUCUGCCCCCCCUGCCACGACUACAUUUGUCUCGCAGCCGCCAGCGACACCUACUCCCACAGGUGGUGAACCAAACCCUCCAGCUGACCCCAAUGCUGGCAAGCUGUUUGUGUCUAUUCUCCUCAGCCCUCGUUUCAUCAACUGGCCUAACACUUGGCAAGCCUUCAUCGAGAAGUUUUCCUGGGAUCGGGACUCUGGAAAGUGCGUUGGUGAGCCGGUGAAAGGGGAUGGGUACACCAUUAACAUUGACUGUGCUGGCAUCCAGAUUGAUUCUGACUCUCAUCUGACGCUUAUCAUGAUCAAAGCUCUCCAUGACCUUGGCAUGAACAGCACUUUCUUCAACCAGAACCCAACCGUGCCAGGAAAGCGCAACUCCACAGCAGAUCAUUGGGUAGUCAUGCCUGAGUCUUUUAGUCUCCAGGCUAUUGAUGUUUCUCAUCAGAAGACCAUCGGCUAUCUCGCAUACAACACCACAUACGACAACUUCCUCACUGGUCCAUGCUCAUCUUGCCAAUCUGAGCGAUUCAACAAGGAGUUCUUUGAUCCGGUUCUGGAAGCCGUCAAGGGUACUUACCCUCUCUACAACAGCUACAACAUUCAGGCUCAGUGCAGUCCCUGGAUGGCAUGCUGGUAAAAUGGGACUGGAGUAUCUUUUAUCUGUAUUCAGUGUGUAGUGAGUUUUACGGCGUAUGGUGGUCAUGUGGGUUAUGAGGAAUGAACAAGGGGAUGAUCAAUUUUGGCGGCUCAUAUGGUAUUACUUCCUUCGCUUCUCGACAUGUAUUUCAAUGAGUUUACUCU